AUGCGCAAGGGAGUGCGUGACCAGGCGGAGGUGUUCUCUGCAAUUCAAGCUCACCUGAGGCACGUCGAGUUCAAGCUCCAAAACGGCGACGUCGAGGACGCGCUCUCCAACGUGGAGCAAAUCGACACGUUGAUCAACAAACGCUUCGAGGUGCUCUUGGUGGCGGAUGAGGCCGGUUUCGAAGCGGCGGAUCGGUUCCAGCUGUACCAAGCCAAGAGCGUGCUCACAUCCCGCUCGUACAAGCUCGCGGUAGCCGACGUGGCGGCCCUCAAGCGUGCACGUACCGGCUUCGCCCGCGGAGGCCGCCUUCCCCCUCGAGACGGUGAACCGGAAAGCAAAGGCAUGCCACCCGCGGGCUGCCACGAGCCCCGCUUCAAGGGGGUGUGUUUCCGUUGCGGCCUAUGGGAGGGCGUGGCGCACAAGGUCCCGCACCCGUGGUGUGAGAGGACCCAUGGGGCGGCGCCCCUUGCCACUAUGCCGGGGGGCGUAGAUGGAUGCACCGGUGGUGCGCAGCCACGGAGGAGGAAUUGGCCAGGAGUGCAAGACAAAGCAAGGACCGAGAGAAGCACAAAGAAGAAGGAGAGAGAGAGAGAGAGAGAGAGAGAGAGAGAGAGAGAGAGAGAGAGAGAGAGAGAGAGAGAGAGAGAGAGUGAGAGAGAGAGAGAGCGAGGGAGAGGGAGGGAGAGCGAGAUAGAGAGAGAGAGAGAAAGAGAGAGAGAGCGAGAGAGAGAGAGAGAGAGAGAGAGAGAGAGAGAGAGAGAGAGAGAAAGAGAGAGAACGAGGGAGGGCGAGAGAGAUAGAGAGAGAGCGAGAGAGAGUGAGAGAGAGAGAGAGAGAGAGAGCGAGAGAGAGAGAGAGAGAGGGAGACGGAGAGAGAGAGAGAGAGAGAGAGAGAGAGAGGGAGAGAGGGAGAGAGAGAGAGAGAGAGAGAGAGAGAGAGAGAGAGAGAGAGAGAGAGAGAGAGAGAGAGAGAGGAACUAUCACGACGACAUCGUGAUGAACAAGGUCGUGGGACCAAGUGACGCAAAUGCGCCGAUCUCGUUGUAA